AUGACCAUUACCGCCAAAGACGGUCCAUCGACCUCGGAUUCAAAGGCACCGUUCAACUCGUCUGCAGAGAUUGAACAAACAGACGGUUCACCCGCUCAAGCACCCCCAAGCUACGCUGAAACGCUCGGGAAUUCGACUUCAGGUCCUGGUACGGGUGCUCCUCCUGCGGGUUUGGCCAUACCGGAAGUGCCAUUGCCAACACCUCUACCCCGUGCAACGAAUUAUCAUGCAGAGAAGACAAACCGGGAGAUCAAGGGUGUAUACGUACUCGAUACGGCAAUGCAGAUCCCCCCCGCCAUUUUGGCUAACAUGUCCUCGGGGUUCUUUGGACUGGGAAAAAAGGAACCAGAGAAUUUGAAUCUCUACACGAGUUAUGGACCCAUCGAAGCCGAUCUCAUCCUCCUGUCGAGAAUCAACGCACAACCCGUCAAAGUGAAAGCAAAGUCUGGCUAUGGCAAUAUGACCGUCUACCUCCCACGCGACUUCAAUGGUCCACUAAAAUACAAAACUGGGUGGGGCACCGUCACGUUUAGCGAGGGCAUGAGACCGUUUGUGCACCAGUUCUCCGGCAAUAUGGGAUAUCUUGGCGAUUGGAACGUAGCUGGAUUCUCGGAUUACAAGACCUGGAACGGUGAUGAGCUUGAAGUGGUUACCCAGGGCGGAAACAUCACGUUCAAGUGGGCCGAUGAAUUGAUGCAACGUGAGGCGGGAAGUCCAGAGGAGAAGUUUCAUGAAGCCAUCACGUAUGCGAUGCAGAGCGUCAUGAGCUGGUUUGGGGGUCGCAAAUAG